CAGCUAUCGGCUUUUAUCAGCUGUCGUCGUUUUUCUUCUUGCUGCCAACAAAAACGGGAAAAUAAAGUGAAACGCAGCGCUUUAUCAUUAAACCUACGAGGCAUUUGGAAGAAUAACCACGAGGGAAAGCCAUGGUAUGAGCUAGACUGAAGAAAAGGAGAUUCCAAGCCGAGUCCAAAGAUGACGGAGAAAGAGGAGCUGGCCAGUUCCGGAAGCGUGGCUGGAGGUGGCAAUGGUAGUGCCGGGGGCGGGGUUGGUAGCAACUGCCAAGCCCAACUGCAGCAAUGCGUGCGUGGUAAUGUCUCCUGGCAGCUGCUGCCCGUCCACUUGCGGUCUGUGCUGCACAACCAGCGCGAUUACGAGAAAUUUGCUUUCAACUACAGCCUGAAGAAUCAGUUGCGUUUCCGCGGAAACCUGGCUGCAAAGGUGUUCCGCCGGGAGCAGCGCUACUACGAGCUACUAAUCCAAAAAAGUAUAAACGGCCUUGGCGCCUUUCCAUACCAUCUGGCCGACAUUGUGACAAAGGGAUUGCGGGUUACGCCCUUUAACUACUACCUGGACGUCCUGGGACAGCUGCUCAAGAGCGACAAGAGCUACGAUACGUUGCCCAACUUUACGGCCGCCGACUGUCUGCGGGUGUUGGGAAUUGGACGGAAUGAGUAUCUGGCCCUGAUCAGCGACUUGAAGACUCAUACGCCGCGUUCCCUGCUCUUUGGAUCUCGACCCAAUCCGCUGGACUUUCUGCCGCGAUUCCCCGUCCGCAUCCACAUGGAGCCCUGGUGGCGACUAGAUAUUGGCUACGUCUUGGAGACGGACAUCAAGUAUUUGACGCCAGCCGAGCGUGGCCUUCUGGAUGAUCUAAUCGACUUUGGAGCGCAACCGGCGGGCAAGUGCGACUACGAGGUGGUUCACAACUUGUACAAGAAGGGGCUUAUCUAUCUGGAUGUGCCCAUCAGCGGCGAGGAUCGCAUAUCCAUUCCUCCGCUUCGCAAUUUCGUGAUGAAUCGUGUGAGCGGCGACUACUUUGAGAAUCUUCUCUACAAGAUCUUUGUUAGUGCCGAUGAGCACAUGACUAUUGCCGAGCUGGCGCACAUGCUGCAACUGGAGCUCGACAGUGUGAAGCAAGCGGUUUCCUUUAUUUGUCGCCUGGGCUUUGCCCACCGGAAACAGGACGCAGUUCAAGAGCAACAGAAUCAGGCUAAUCAUCACAGCUGGGAGGGCUACAAUCAACAGCAAAUUCCAGAGACGCCACAAAUCACUCCGCUGAACUACAACCCACAUGCCAGUAGCUUCGACUUCGAUCAGAGCCCCAAGUCGCCAAAGACUCCAAGGGAGAAAGACAAGGACAAGGACAGCAGUUCCAUUGGUUACCUAUCUUCGGACGGCAACACCAGUGACUUUAGCUUUGCCAAUUUAAACACCACUCCCCAGGAACCCACAAACAAUAGUGACGAGCAGGACCUGAGCUCGGAGCUAGAGGAUCUGAGCGAUAGGACUGCCAAGCCGGCGGCUGUUGCGGUACCUGCUCCUACACCUCCGGCUCCAAAGAGCGGAAAGCGAGUGGGUUUUCUUUUCGACUCCACUCUGACCGCUUUUCUAAUGAUGGGAAACCUGUCACCGGGCCUUAAGAACCACGCCGUGACCAUGUUCGAGGUGGGAAAGUUGUGCGAGGAGAGUCUGGACAGUUUUUUGGCCGAACUGGAGCAGGUGUCGCUGCUGGAUGCGGAAGGAGAGGGCGACGUGUCGCGCUAUUUCGCCCAUGCCGUCAUUUUACGGUCCACCAUCUGUUCCUUGCGCCAUUUGCUCCCUGGUGGCUUAGAUCUGCUUCGGUUGGAAUGCCUCGAGGGCUUGGACCGGCAGACGCGGGACCGAGUACUCGAAAAAAAGUAUAAGUUCAUUAUCGCUGCCUCGCCGCUGACGGCGUCGCUGAGUCAUACUUUUAGCAUUCCAUACUUUGGACAGUUUUUACGAAGCUCCGAUGUUGCGCCCAUGUGGAACAAGCUCUUUUACAACCAUAUCACAGGUUAUGGACCACCCAGUUUACUCCUAUGCCGUGGAACCGUGCUCAAAUCUCUGCCCCGCUUGUUCCUCGGAUAUGGGAAACUAUUGGUGAACAUCCUGCACUCCGAUUCGUAUGUUCUCAACUCGGAAAACUUUCGCAACGUGAAUGAGCAGCUUAAGAACGGCUGUGUGUUGUUACAAGGCUAUGGGAUCCGGACGCCCGGAGCUCUACAUUACGAGUCGUUUCCAUUCCAACCGGCGGACACGCGCCAAGCCAAGUGGGCCGCCCAUCGCGCCGUCCAACGGCUGUCCAACCUGAUAGAUUUACGCCAGCAAUGCGGCUAUAUAACAUUCCUUAACACGGGCGUUCCGGAUCUCGGAUGCGAGGAGUACGAGUUGAGGGUGCGCCUGAAGCCAAUGCAACGCCAGAAGCGCUCCUCAAUAACCCCAGCUCCCAGUCAAUCCCUAAAUGUGCCAAACAGCGAGCCAGCCACGCCCGCCACAGCUGAAGUUACCAGCUUCCCCCUGAAGAGCCCGGAUGAGAAUCACUUUGCGACCACUCCAGAGCAUGGGCCAGCUAACGAGUUUACCUCGCCAGAUUGUAGCCAAGUGCUGGCCAGUGAACUGGCGAAAUGUAGCAGCCGGGCGGACCUCUUGUCGCAAAGUUCCGUAGAGAUUCCAAUGGUCGAGGAAGAAGACUCGCCCGCGGAACCAGAGGAGGAUGCGACCGAAGAGUGGACUCUUCUGGAAGUCAAUUUCGGGGUGCCCCUUUUCGAUGUCGAUACCAAUACGCGGAUUUGUGAACACCUAGUCCGGGGACUUUGCAACGAUUCCAACUUGAAUGCCCUCUCCUCCGUAACCGCACAGUCGCAGACUCUAUUCCUGGAGUUUGUGCGGCAGUGCCUGUACUUUGAAGAUGAUCCGGCCAGGGAGCCCCUGCAGGCGGCCAGGCCACUGCCGCAUCCCAGAAUCAGUCUGGCCUUUGAGAACGGACAUGUUACACACUGGAACGGCCGUUAGUAUCGGGACUAAAGCAUUCCCAGAAUAUUCCGAUUUUUUUUUGCCUCCCAGUUACUUAUCAGUUUGUAUAGUUAGUGGACCCAUAAACGCAAGCAGAUAUUUUUAUGUAUGCCUACAUAUACAAUUCCUGUAACAUCUGCUAACCAUCUAAUGUUUACUUUGUUUUUAUUAGUUUUGUAAGUUAUAAGGGGACCACGAUAUUUUGAUCCCCUCCAAACCAUAUACACAUGCAUAGCUACGUACACAUAUGUAAAUGUAUUACUAAAUGUCAGAAAUAAAAAAAAAUUUUAAAAUAA